AUGGAUUAUCUAUUCUGGAGGAAGAAUAGUAUCAUUGGGCCAGAGCAAGAUAGGGAUCCAUAUCCCUGGAUAAUAUGGUACAUUUGGAAAGCUAGGAAUGAAAAGCUCUUCAGGGGAAUAGAUAGAGAUCCAUUGGAUCUAGUUAGACAUGCAGAGAGUGAAUGUCACGCUUGGUUUGAUGCUAAUGAAGUGGUACAACUUGUGGCACACGAUAAUAUAAAUGAGGAACCCCAAGUCGUACGCUUGGGAAAUAUUUGCUUGUUAGAUGGAUCUUGGACAUCUUCUGCUAACUUUAGUGGAAGCGGAUGGGCAUGGAUGGAUAGUUCAGGGAACACUCAACUUAUGGGAACAAGGAACCUUCCCCGACGCGAAUCAGCCUUACACUCGGAAGUAGAAGCACUGCGGUGGGCGAUGGAGAAUAUGCUACAAUAUUCGAACUGCCAAAGCUUUGGGACAGACUGUAAGGAACUAAUUGCAAUGGUAAAGGACCCUCAGGCGUGGCCAAGUUUUUCGACAGAAUUAGAAAGGAUAGGGACGCUAUAG